UUCCAAAGCACUGACACCACUUUUCCCCUUGCUUUGCCCUUGGAGAGACUGAAGUCUCCAGGCAUUGAUGGGAACAAUUGAAUCAGUCCAGGCUGCUGUUGCAGAAAGCGGAGAAGAUGGUCGCUUAUUGCCUCCUGGAAACCAUCGAAGUGCUCCCGUAUCAAGUUCUCAUGACUUGGGCCCGGGUGAGGCACAGCAGAUGGAAGUGCAGAAACUUCUCAAUAGGCAUGGCAUAAACACUUCGAACUAUGGACGCGAAGGUUGCUUGUCCAUCAAAGAUUUAGCCAGAGAAGUCGCACAGGGCCAGUGCCGGCUUGAGACUGACGAGAACGGAAAACUCCUCCGGAGUGUCUCCUUGGUCGAGGUCACGCUGGUCGUUCGCAUCACUGGUGGCCGCCUCGCCCUCGUGGAGGAAGAGCAGAUCCUCGAUGAUGGCCGGCGACGCCAGUUUCUGCAGCGCAAGCUGCAUGGAAAACUUAUGCGGAAAGAGACCCCCGUGCGUGGAGCAUGGCGGUGUGUAAGGGAGCGGCUAGGUUUGUCCGCCACGGCGGCCAACAUUUUCCAAGCAGCUUUGACCAAUGCGCAAAGCGUUGGGCAGCGCAGUGCCGCAGAAACUCAUUUCGAGGUUGGAACUUUCCUGGAGGAUGCAGAUACCUUUGAGGCAGUUUCAAGCUCUUUCCCAGGGUUGCGAACCCGAUACGUGGUGCAUCGAAUCGAGUUUCAAUUGCCCUCCUUGCGGAAGGAGACAGGACCUGGCUUGCCAGGCCUUGAUAGCGAGCCGUUGAGUGGGUGGGCUCCAGCACCUGAUGUCGUUCCAGACGAGAAGCUCAAACUCCUUUUGGGAGAGCUGGGCCUCCCAUCUGCCAGCAGCUUCUUAUCUGUCGAAGGUGUGCUUGGGCCUGGAAAUGGUGGCAGAGUACAUCUUUGGCGCUGGGUCAUGCACGAGGCAGAGCGUAUCGAUGAGGAAGCUGCUGCUGCUGCAGUGGCCAGAAGAGACUCGAGGUCCAGCGUUGAGUCUGUCAGGGGUGACGACGAGAUGCAUCACGAUGAGGAUGAGGAUGAGUCCCUCAGUGAUACCUUUCGCGAGCCGUGCUGGGCAGAGGAGGAUGCCUUUGGCAUCGAAGAGGCAUACAGAGACCUAUCAGGCACUCUCAAGCUCAUUCAAAACCAGCGAGUUUUGCUCCAUGAGAGGGGUGGAUACAUGGAGGGAGGGCACAUGGAGCAGCGUCUCAACAAGGCUGAGGGGUUGGUGAGGAAGGUGCGUGACAAGCUUGGCAACAUGGAGGAGCUAGUUCGGGUGAAUGCGAAACAGCUGUUUGGAAGCAGCGACGGGAGCGACGGAAAGAGGAUGAGUAGAAGCCUUCGCCGCUUUAUCAGCAGCAACUUCACUGAUGGACAGCGCAACCUGGAUGAUGUGAGCUCCAUGUCGCCGUCUCCUUCAGGGAUGUCGACUGGUUUGGGCACGGCUGACGAUGGCGGAGAUUCCCCAGAGGGAAAGUUCGAUCGCCGUCCCAUUAGAUUGACGCUGCCGGUGGGUGCAGCCCCGACAUCGCCGGAGAGUGAGCAUUCCGGAACCAACAGCCCAGACAGAUCGCCAUCACGGGAGGUCAUCCUCUCCGAAUCGAAUGUGCUGAUCAGCUCAGGCGCUGCCCAGAACUGGGUAUUGGACGCCCUGGCAUUACAUGAGCGCACAGGUCGUCGCGCUUUGCUUGCCCUAGCAGAAUCUUUGGUGAUUCCAAAAGCUGAAGUCCUGGGGACCACAGACCGGACCAUGCGUCGUUUCGUCACUGAGCUCCACCGGAAGUACGAGGAGCAUCAAAACCCUUUUCACAAUGAAGCACAUGCAGCUGUGGUUUGCCAUUCCACGCACUGGCUUGGAACUCGAAGCAAAGCAUACACAGCCAUGGGUGAAAACCUGCACGUGGCCACCGACAUUGCAGCCUUGGCACAUGAUGUGGGUCACUUUGGCCGAAACAAUGCGUUUUGCUCAAGUGCGAGCCACGACUUGGCUUUGAUCUACAACGACCGUGCCAUCUUAGAAAACAUGCACUCAGCGACAUGCUUUCAAAUUAUGAAGAUUUUGGGCUGUGACAUCCUUGGCCCUUCCUCUAGGGAAAAUCGCCGGUUAUAUCGAGACCACAUAGUUAGUCUGAUCUUGGCCACUGACAUGGCCACUCAUUUCGACUUCCUGGGAAAGUUUCGUGUAAGGGUAGCUGGAUCUGACUUUAACUUGCAGGACAAUGCCGAGGAUAGACGCAUUGUCACGCACUGUUAUCUCAAGGCCGCCGACCUUGGUCAUGCAGCCCUUCCUUUUGACAUGCACGAACGUUGGGCUUUCAGACUGCUCAACGAGUUUUAUGAGCAGGGAGAUGAAGAGCGAUGGCUCAAUAUUCCAGUGUCUCCGAUGUGUGAGCGCUCUGGAAACGUGGCGGACUUUCGGGAGUCCCAGAAGGGCUUUCUCCAGUUUGUCAUCAUGCCAAUGUUCAAAGAGCUCGUAACAGUUUCUGUGCCCGAGGUCAGUGAGACCUGUCUCACCAGGAUAGAGUGCAAUGCAGAAGAGUGGAUCAAAGGAGAACCGAAUGAGGAGCUAGUGCAAAUAAUAAAGGCACCACCAGCAAAAUCCGUGAAGAACACUGUCACAUUGCCACUGUCGCCAAAAAGGCGUCUCAAAGGGAAGAAGGUGGGUGCUCGUGUUGAUGAAGAGACGCCAAAUGAUUAUGCGGCUGGGGCUGGCAACUCUCCACCAGCAGACAGCUGAAAGGCCAAGAGUCAAUCUGCAAAGUGCUGCUCUGACGAAGCGCCAUUCCUACUAGUGUUGGCCUUGUAUCCAGGAGUGAUGUGAAAGCACAGGCCAAUUCUGGUUACAGUGCGAUAUGCUUUCUCAACGCCUUUUCAUAUUGAUCACUCCUUGGAGUUUUCUUUCACUACCAGGCAACAUACUCUGCGCGCUGCACAGCCAACAUGUUGGGUGACAUGCCCACAUGCGCUGAUCACAGACUCUGCAGUUUACAUAGAUGUCAAGCCUGAACUUCGGACAGCUUGAUUUUGAAACCCUGUCAGAUCGUGAUCGGUUGUAGCUUUCACUGGAUCACAGGAACACCCUCAGGAAUGACCAGAUUACAAUACCUUUUUGAUAGAUGUGAUUUUAAUGAGUCGAUCAGUUAAUAUCGCUGAUAUGUUUUAUGUAUCUUUAUGUCAUUCUACAGGGUGAGAAGGACUUUCAGACUUCGGAUUUGACGAACUCUGCUAUAAAGCCGAGAAGGCAUCAUGGCGGCCAUCUUCAAGGUCCAUCUCCUAAGAGUGACAAUCAGACCUGUC